AAUAAAUUAAUUAUAUAUCUUUUUUAUUUUAUAUGUUAAUAUAUAUAUACAUAUAUAUAUGUAUAUAUGUAUAUUAGAAAUAUGUUCAUUAAAAAUAAAUAUAUUAUAUAUUAUAUACUAAUUUUUAUAAUAAUUUUAAAUAACAUACUCAUACUGUUACACCAAUCAUCAUAUUAAACAGUUGAGCAAAAGCAUACAGCUCCUGCAGCAUACUGCUUAUAUAGCAUACUGCUACUGCUAAUGCUCUACCAAUCAAGGUCUUAGUGUCACAGAAUGGACUAGUCCGAAAGCUUACUGCACCGAUCCGAGUUUGAAACUAUUUAUUUUAGCAUCAGAUUUUACAAACACAGAGAGUAUUUUUGGUUAAUGUCACAAAAAUAACUACUCAAUUCGCAUACUCCAUUAUUUUUGGGCAACUGAAAACUUUGUCAUUCAUACAUUUACUACUAUUUUUUCUCGAUGUAACGGUUACUUUUGUUUUCCGAAAGCCCAUAGACGUAAUACUCAAAAUGGGCCAGUCAAACCGUAAAAGCUCAUAUAAUAAUAUCCAUUCUAUUUUCAGCCCGACAAGGAAGACGCCGUAAAAACGACAGCGCUUAAAGACAACCGCGAGGAGGCAGUUUUUGAUUCCCAUUUAUCUCUCUCACUCUCACUCUCACCUUCUUCGUAUCUCUUUCUUCCCCAAAACGUGAAUCCCUAAUUUCAUCUGCACAAUCCAAAUCACGGAGACAAUUUCUCCAGUCCCUAUAGAGCGAUGUCUUCCGUGUCAAGCCAGCCACAGUUUCGAUACACGCAGCCACCUGAGAAACUUGCCUUGGGAAUGCACUGAAGACGAGUUGAUUGAACUCGGGAAGCCCUUUGGUACUGUUGCGAAUACAAAGUGCAAUGUUUGAAGAUUUAAACCAAGCUAUACGAAUGAUCUCGUACUACGCUAUGCUCGCAUGGUCAGCAUUGAUGUCUUGCAUCUGGGCCAUGUCAAGGCAAUUUCUUCAGUGGCAGGAUUAUGCAUUAGGAGAAAGAGCACAUGUGUGUUUGUCUCUCUCUCUCUCUCUCUCUCUCUCUCUCUCUCUCUCUCUCAUUUAUCUACUCCCUGAGGAAGUGGGCCAGUGCUCUCUUAAGAUCACAUAUUCAGCUCAUACAGAUUUGACUGUCAAAUUUCAGAGCCAUCGGAGCAGGGACUAUACUAAUCCUUACCUUCCUGUUGCUCCUUCAGCCAUUGAUAGUACUGGUCAGGUGAUUGUGGGUGUAGACGGAAAGAAAAUGGAGCCUGAAAGUAACGUUCUUCUUGCAUCCAUCGAGAACAUGCAGUACGCAGUAACUUUGGAUGUUUUACAUACGGUUUUUGCGACAUUCGGAGCUGUUCAAAAGAUUGCAAUGUUUGACAAGAACGGUGGGAUGCAAGCAUUGAUUCAAUUCCCAGAUGUUCAAACGGCUGUGAUGGCGAAGGGAGCGUUGGAAGGACAUUGUAUUUAUGAUGGUGGAUUUUGUAAGCUGCAAAUCACUUACUCACGCCACACCGACCUCAGCAUAAAGGUGAACAACGAUCGAAGCAGAUACUACACGCUGCCUAACCCACCGGAUGUUGUGAUGACUCCACCAUCUGGCUUUAAUCCAUACCCGGAGCAAUACCAUGAGACGCAAGGUCAGAGUCCUUACAUGGCAGCACCCUCUCCCGGCUCGAUGCAUCAAGGGUCGGGUGGGCAAAUGCGACCACCACAUCAUGUCCAAUGCAUUAGAAAGAAGAAAAAGAAAGUCAUUUAAAAAAGUCAAAGAAGACGAAGUUGGUUUUAAUCCCUCCACUCUUCUGUCUCUGUGUUUGUUUUUAGUGUUGCCUGGAACACACACUUGUACCUGUGUUCAGACUUCAGAGGAUCAAUUAUCAAAAAUUCAAAACCAUUCGGUACUUGUCAUCUAAAAUAAUAUAUCUCUCAGAGUAGAAUACAAACUGUCUAA